CUUUUACACAACAUCCAGCGGCGGGCUCAGAGCGAUUUAAUCUGCAUAUAUACAUACCAUUUCUAUCGUCAUAUUGCAUCCGCGUAGCCCCAUGAUCUACGCCCCUUCCAAUGACUUCUAACCAUGCCAGCUAUGGUCUGAAACUGCCCUACACACGGGUCUCUGAAGCCGGAUCCUACUAUACGCAUCAAAAACACAAUCUUCAUGAGGAUGAUGAGACGUCGUGUCUUCCGCCGCCGCUUAGCGCGUACAGCUUGGCCGUUUUACAGGACAAGGCGACAUCGCCCACGCCCGACCGGGGCGUAAAGCUAUCGCCAGCCCAUCAGACAGCAAUAACGGGGAUCUACGAGCUAGAUUUUCCGUCUAGAAGUAGGGUGAAGCUGUCGGUACACUUUACGGAAACAUCCGUCCACCACCGAUCCUCGGCUAACAACACCCAGCUAAGCUUCAACUGCGCCCCUAAUACCCCUUUCACAGAAAUCUCCGCCAACAAUACCCACAAUACAGACAAACCCCUACUGGUUCUCCCCACCCAGGAUGAGUUGAGUGAGUUUUCUACCCAGAACCACUCCCAACGAACAUACUACACCCCGAACCCACCCACCGUUCUGCAGACGCUCAUGCGGGGCCGCAACCGGCGAAUGACCCGGAUCGGUCUUGGGCCGCCGAAAAGAGCACUUCGCACCAGUGACACGACCAACGAAGAUCUCAAAGAGGCCAAGAAGGAGCCGUCAUACUACGAGUAUUUGGAUCUGCGGUUGGAGAGCGCCCAGAAAAACAGUUUCGACGAUUUAUCCGAGCAAGCGCUCUCACGGGAGCUCGACAAGGCGCAGCAAUCUAGACUCGAGAAGCUCCGACACGAAAAACUCGACCUCGAGCGGUCCAAGUUGGAGUUCCGCAAGAAGCAGUUGAUGGAGCAAAAAACGGAGGCUGAAUUGGCCGAGCGCAUGCACAGAGACUCCCUUCUCGACGCCAAGCUCAGAGAGGAAGCAUCGGCGGAGAUACAAAUCAAGCAAGAGUAUGCCGAGAGUAAGUUGCAGUUGGAGAAACAGUAUGCUAGGUUGAAGGAGUUGGAAUCGGCGGGAGCGCGCCGACCGGAAAAGCUGCGCGACGUUUCGCGAGAGGUGGAUGAAUUCAUCAAAAAGCCGCGGGUUGGCGAGGAACUAGCGCGCCUCGGCGUAAGGGCGGAUGCCGCUAAGAAACACAUUGAAUACGUGCCACGCCAGGCCUUGAGCGAAGUGCCUCCCAACCAGCUCAGCUCUAAACCCUGUAUUGACUACAAACACAAGGCCAUGCUGGAAGCUCCGUUGAUCCAGGUCCUUGCUGAUCCCCCAGCAUCGCGCGAUAGGCCCAAAAAACAAAUGUUCCAAAUUAAUGACACCCAGUUUGAGAAGUUGGAGCUCAUCGGACGGGGCGGCUCGUCCAAAGUGUACAAGGCCAAAUCGAUGCGCAACAACCGCAUCUACGCGAUUAAAAAGGUCUUGUUCGAUCAGUUUGACGACGCCAGUGUGCAUGGCUUCAAGGGCGAGAUUGACUUGCUUCUCCACUUGCGGGAAACCACUGACCGGGUCGUCAGGUUGAUCGAUUACUCCAUGACCGAUGGCUCUUUAUAUCUCGUGAUGGAGUGUGGCGAGAUCGACCUCGCACACGUGCUUAGUGACAGAAUCAAGCGGCCGCUAGACAUAAACUUUGUGAGGUACCACACCAUUGAGCUCUUCAAGUGCGUGGAAUCCGUGCACCAGGCAGGUAUUGUGCACAGCGACUUGAAGCCUGCAAACUUCUUGUUCGUGCGUGGCACGCUCAAGUUAAUUGACUUUGGGAUCUCCAACGCGGUUCCGGAACACACGGUAAACAUCUACCGCGAGUCGCAGAUCGGAACGCCAAACUACAUGGCCCCCGAAGCUUUGGUGGAGUCCAAGGGUUUCAACAUGUAUGAAGACGAGGAGAACGACGCUCCAAACACAUGGAAGGUCGGGAAACCCUCGGAUAUCUGGUCGUGUGGGUGUAUCUUGUACCAGAUGGUGUACGGCCGUCCGCCGUACGGGAGCUAUUCCGGCCACCAGCGACUCAUGGCGAUUAUGAAUCCGCAGGUGCAGAUCCAGUACCCUGACCGCGGCCUUGGUGAGGUGUUGGUCCCCCAGUCCGCGAUAGCCGCGAUGAAGCAGUGCCUUGCGAGGGAUCCCAACGAGCGGCUCUCGGCGUCGGAGGUGCUUGUCGGACUGUUCCUCAAGCCGAGGGUUGUUUCCGAGGAGUUUAUCAAAGAUUUGGUGCACAGUGCCGUGGACUACGGCCACAACAACCUGGUGGGCGAUGAGGUGUACAACAGGCUUGUGGAGACGGUGAUGCACAAGAUUCUGGAGCUUAACUAUUAGAUUUUAAUGAUAUGACGAUGACUGCUUGU